GCAUCAUGCAUGCCAAAACGUACAUUCUAAAUAUUUAACCCCACAUUUCCAAAUAAUUUGUGCAUUUCAAUAUCUUCAUCAAUAUUUGAAACUCAUAGAUCAAUCACAUUUCUUCAUCUCCAUUUUGAUUCAAUAUUAGGUGAAUGGAAAUCUUCCAAAGGGCUAAAGUGGUUCGUUUGAGAAGCAAUCAUGAUAAGUACUUAUUGGCAGAUGAUGAUUUAGAAGGUGUUUACCAAGAUCGUCUUGGUUGCUACAACAAUGCAAAAUGGACGGUUGAGAUUGUAGAACAUGGCAACUUGAUUAGAUUGAAGAGUUUUUAUGGAAGAUACUUAACAGCCUCUAAUAUGCCAUUCUUGUUAGGUGCAAAGGGGAAAAAAGUUGUGCAAACACUUCCCACAAGGUUGAAUUCAUCUUUGGAAUGGGAACCGAUAAGGGAAGGCGAACAGGUCAGACUCAAGACUCGUUAUGGUCAAUAUUUACGUGCCAAUGGGGGGUUACCACCGUGGAGAAACUCUGUCACACAUGACAUUCCACAUCGUACGAAAUCGGCAAAUUGGAUUUUAUGGGAUGUGGAUCUUGUCCAGCUUCGGCCGGAACCACCCAAGCACAUACAAGAGGCUGCACCUAGUGUUGUUCAAGAGGUGGCUCGUCCCAUCGACUCUCCAUCGGAACGUUCUCGUUCGCCUUCUCCUUCUCCUCCUCUUUCUCCUACUUCAUCAGAUAAUGAUAAUCCCUUUGCCAUAAUUCAUCUAAGGUCUUCCAUACCAAAUGAGAGUGGAAAUUUAGAAGAGAGUGAGUCACCAAUGAAAGAAGGGAGGAUGAUAUUUUAUAAUGUGGGUGAUGAAAAUGGAGAUGUUCAUGAAGGAAGUGAAGAAAAAUUCUUUACAUUCAAAGGAAGUAGUGUUGAUGAUUUAAAAGAAAAGUUGAAGGAAGAAACAGGACUUGAUGAUAUUGUUGUAUGUUGUCGCAAUCCAUUGAAUGCAAAAAUAUAUCCACUUCGUUUACAAUUACCUCCCAACAAUAUUGAUAUGCAUAUAGUUGUGGUUCCUUCAUCAUUUGCAGAAUAAACAAAAGAAGAUGAAGGCAAUCACAAGCUCAUGGGUGGGACACUGGAAAUGCAUAAUGUAAAUCAUAUUCAGGAAAGGAAUUUGGCUCUGACAUGUUGGUCUACUUGAACCCUAUGUACUAUAUUUUCACUCAAGGAACAGAAAGAAAAAAAAAAGAGGGAAAACUUUGUGAAAUAAAAGAUUGAAAAGAAAAUCAACUGCAGCAAUGCAUAGCUCAAAAAAGUCAAAUUCCUCAAUGAAUAUAUACAACUUUGGAAUGUCUUAAAAGAAUGUACUAUAAAUGAUUUUAUUUCAGUUAAUUAUUAUGAUAUUGGUACGAGGAUUCCACCACCGUUAGCGA